AGGUGGAUACUUUCCAAUAUCUUCGUGUUAAUAUUAUGGAUCCAAAUCAACCAACAAAACCAGUCACCGAUGAAUCGGUUGUUUUACAAUAUCUGGCCCAAAUGGGUUAUAAACAAACUGAAUUGAUGUUUCGGCAAGAGGCUGCGAGAGUCCAAUCUAACGAACAAAUUAUUUCUGACUUUUCAACGCCUUACCUUUCUCUGAGUCAUAGGAGCAUUAGUCCAGAGGAAUACAAGCAAAGCUACUUGAAUUUAAAGAAAUCGGUUGAACAAUCUAUGGACAAGUUUAAGGGCGAAUUGCAAGCAGUUUUAUAUCCGAUAUUUGUACACGUAUAUCUUGAACAGAUUUCAAAGAGUAUGCUCGAACAAGCAACCGAGUUUUUCAAUGAGUAUCAGUCGGAUCACAUUACCUAUGACAGAGAGCUAAAGGCUUUACGUGUGAUAACACAGCCGCAUCACGUACAAGAGAACGAGCUUGCGCAAAAAUUUCGAACAAAAAAGUUUACUGUGCGAAUGACAAUAACUUCAUAUCAAAUAUUGAUUGAUCAUUUGCAGGAUGACAGCCUUCUCUUAAGAAUUGUAAAUCGACAUCUUAACAUUGAAUCUCAACAAGGAACCAUAGGUGGUGGUUCGUCCCACACAGAUAUUGGGAUUCCUAGUUAUUCGUCACAAGAACUUGAAGAAUUUAACAGACAGGAAGUUCAGUUGGGUCAUUUACCAAUGGACCCGGCUUUACGCGAUGAGGUCAAGAAGACGUUAACUGAAGAAGACAAUUAUCGCAAAGCAAUUAUGGAAGCCGAAUAUAAUGCAGAAUCAGACGGGCAACAGAUUAAUGGUGUUCCAGACCAAUAUUCUUCGCUCCAACAAGAGUUUGUUGAAAAAAUCAGGAAGGAACAAAGCUCUGAUGCACCUGAUAGAGCUUCUAUACCUCUGCCGUCAUACAAGGGAGCUGACGUGCAUUCACAAGUCGAAUUGGUUAAAGACAUGACACAGCGAAUAAAAUUGGGACCCUCCGUACUACCAUCAGUCUGUUUUUAUACUUUUCAUAAUACAAACGAUAGCUUAAAUUGUUUGUCCAUCUCCGAAGAUUCUUCUCUUAUUGCGGGAGGUUUCUCGGAUUCGUAUAUAAAGAUUUGGAGUUUGAAGGGUGAAAAGCUUAGAGGGUUUAAGAGUCAGCUUAGGACGGCGGAAAUUAAUUCGGUAUAUGACUUGGAAAAUGUGAGAGAAGAGAGUGGUAGCGAUUAUAAAAAACUCUUAGGGCAUUCAGGUCCCGUUUUAGGUUUAAGUUUUAGCCCAGAUAAAAGGUAUCUAAUUUCUUGCUCAGAAGAUAGAACAGCAAGGCUAUGGAGUACGGAUACCUACACUAAUCUUGUAAGCUAUAAGGGACAUAAUUCUCCAGUUUGGGACGUAAACUUUAGUCCAGUAGGUUUUUAUUUCGCAACAGCUGGACACGAUAGGACUGCUAGAUUAUGGAGUUGCGAUCAUAUUUAUCCAUUGAGAAUUUUUGUCGGACAUAUGUCAGACGUGGACUGCAUCAGGUUCCACCCCAAUUCUAAAUACAUUAUCACUGGAUCCAGUGACAAGUCUGUUCGCAUGUGGGAUGUCCAACGUGGAUCGUGUUUUCGAAUAUUCUCGGGUCAUACUAGAGGUAUUCAUUGUUUGGCUAUAUCGUCUGAUGGGCGUUUACUGGCUUCUGGCGGUGAGGAUAAGUCAAUAAUCAUAUGGGACCUAGGAACCGGAAAGCAACUUAAAAAAAUGACAGGUCACACAGAUAUCAUUUAUUCAUUGGAUUUUAGUAAAGAGGAUAACAUUCUUGUGUCCGGAAGUGCUGAUAAUACCGUUCGCAUGUGGGACGUUAAGAAAGGUAUUUCAAACGGUUCAAAUGAAGAUGAUCAAUUGUCAUUAAUAGACAAACAGAAAACCCAAGAAAAUGGUGACAUCAAUUAUUCGUUCAUGAAGUCGGACACUUCAUCAGUAGUUGCAUCUCAAGAUCUCUUGACGGUAUUACCAACGAAGAAAACACCAGUUUAUAAAAUACAUUUCACGGGAAGAAACCUAUGUCUCGCUGCAGGUGCUUACUCAGCCAGCGAAGAAGAGAAACUUGAUUGGGAACAAAAAAUUAAGUCUGAACAAAAAAAGGAUCAAGAUUAA